AUGGCGGCAACGCGCGUCGUGAGCCUGCUGCCUUUCACCAUCUUCAUCACGACUGCAUUGGCCUCCUGGGGCGGCGGCAGCGGCGAGGCCAGCGCCCUGCUCGCGUUCAAGGCGGAGCUCGCCGGCCACGGCUCCGCGCUGCUUCCCUCCUGGAACGCAAGCACCGGCUUCUGCCGCUGGGAGGGUGUGGCGUGCAGCCGCGGCCGGGUGGUUGCGCUGAGCCUGCCCUCCUACGGGCUCGCCGGCACCCUCUCCCCGGCCAUUGGAAACCUCACCUUUCUGCGGACGCUGAACCUGAGCUCCAACUGGUUCCGCGGAGAUGUUCCUGCGAGCAUUGGCUGCCUACAGCGUCUGCGUUCACUUGACCUGAGCUACAACACUUUCUCUGGUAAACUUCCAGCAAACCUGAGCUUCUGCGUCAGCUUACAGUUGCUGAGUCUCGGCAGCAACAGGCUCCAUGGGCGUAUCCCUGCCGAGCUUGGCGACAAGCUCACAAGCCUUCAAAAGCUCUCACUGACGAACAACAGCUUCACCGGCGCCAUCCCAGCACCCCUUGCAAACAUGUCAUCCUUGUACUACCUUGAUCUAUCUACAAACCAUCUCGAGGGUCUGAUCCCACCUGAACUCGGCAACAUUGUAGGCCUGCGUGUCCUUGUGCUCCUCGAGAAUAACCUCUAUGGCGUGCUUCCACACUCCCUGUACAAUCUGUCCUUGCUGAGAAACUUUGAGGUACAAGAAAAUAUGCUGUCUGGAACUAUUCCUGCUGAUAUUGGCAGUCGGCUCCCCAGCAUCGAAAUUCUUAGCUUUGCUGACAACCGAUUCAGUGGAUCUAUCCCAACCUCACUCUCCAAUCUAUCUGCACUCACAAAACUUGGCUUUUAUGAUAACAGUUUCAGUGGGUAUGUGCCUCAUGAUUUGGGGAGGUUGCAAGGUCUCAUUUACCUGUCCUUGGAUGACAACAAGCUUGAAGCAAAUCACAGACAUGGGUGGGAAUUCAUCACUUCAAUGGCAAACUGCACCAAGCUUCAGCUUCUGGUCCUUGCCAAAAACUCUUUCAGCGGGCAACUUCCUAGUUCAAUCAGUAACCUGUCGACAACUCUCCAAGCUCUUUAUUUGGGAGACAAUAGGAUUUCUGGGGUUAUUCCAUCGAACAUCGGCAACUUGGUUGGUCUUAAAACACUUGAGAUGGCAAAUACUUCUGUAUCUGGACCAAUUCCAGAGAGCAUCGGUCAGCUAAGAAACUUGGUUGUGUUAGGCCUUUACAACACUAGCCUGUCAGGCCUUAUACCUUCAUCAGUAGGAAACCUUACACAGUUGAAUAGGCUUUAUGCAUACUAUGGCAACUUGGAGGGGCCAAUUCCAACAAGCCUUGGAAAGUUGAACAAUCUGGCUGUCCUUGAUCUGUCAACAAAUCGACUCAAUGGUUCGAUUCCAAUAGAGGUGUUAAAACUAUCUAAACUCUCUAUCUACUUAGACCUAUCAUACAAUUCAUUGUCUGGGCCACUUCCUACUGAAGUUGCCAACUUGGCAAGCAUUAACCAACUGAUUCUGUCAGGAAACCAAUUGUCAGGCAAUAUACCUGAUAGUAUUGCGAAAUGUGUAUCGUUGGAUCAGCUGUUGUUGGAUCAUAACUUGUUUGAGGGAAGCAUACCUCAAUCUCUUGAGAAUUUAAAAGGUCUUGCUUUACUGAACCUGACCAUGAAUAAGCUGUCAGGUAGUAUUCCUGAUGCCCUUGCUAGUAUUGGCAACCUGCAACAAUUGUACCUAGCACACAACAACUUGUCAGGUCUUAUCCCCACAGGUCUACAGAAUUUGUCUUCCUUAUCGAAACUGGAUUUGUCCUUCAAUCAUCUGCAAGGUGAGGUGCCAAAAGGAGGUGUUUUUGCAAAUGCAACUGACUUGUCAAUUGAUGGAAAUGAUGAGCUUUGUGGUGGAAAGAUUCAGCUUCAUUUAGCACCAUGCUCCACGCCUGCUGCAGAAAAGAGAAAAAAAAUAUCAAAAUCCCUAAUGAUCACCAUAUCAUCAAUCAGUGCACUUGUAUUUAUAGUUUUACUAGCUGUUCUUAUUCAGUUGAUCCACAAAAAGCUCAGACAAAGACAGGAAAGCCAAUUGACUACAACAGUAGAUGAUGAACAAUUUGCAAGAGUUUCUUAUCAUGAUUUGUCAAAUGGAACCAAUGGAUUUUCAGAGGCCAAUUUUCUUGGACAAGGAAGCUGUGGAACCGUUUAUAAAUGUAUGUUACCUGCUCAUGGUAUUGUUGCGGCAGUAAAGGUGUUUAACCUACAACAGUCUGGAUCUAACAGAAGUUUUGUUACUGAAUGCAAUGCACUGCGAAGGGUGCGUCAUCGUUGUCUCAUAAGGAUCAUUACCUGUUGCUCAAGCAUCAAUGCACAAGGUCACGAAUUCAAGGCACUGGUUUAUGAAUUCAUGCCCAAGGGUAGUUUGAAAGAUUGGCUUCAUCCAGAAUCUGAGGAAGAGGAACGCAAUCUGGGCAAUACUCUCAGCCUAGCUCAGAGACUAGGUAUUGCUGUUGAUAUCAUGGACGCGUUGGAUUAUCUUCAUAACCAGUGCCAGCCACCAAUAACUCAUUGUGAUCUCAAACCAAGCAACAUCCUUCUUACAGAUGAUAUGAGUGCCCGAGUUGGAGAUUUCGGCAUAUCAAAAAUUCUUCCUGAUAACACAAGCAACGCUCUGUCAAAUUCAGUUAGCUUCACUGGAAUAAGAGGCUCCAUUGGUUAUCUCCCCCCAGAGUAUGGCGAGAGUUCUGCCGCCACAACUCAUGGGGAUGUUUACAGUCUUGGCAUAUUGUUGCUUGAGAUGUUUACUGGGAGGAGCCCUACUGAUGGCAUGUUCAAAGAUUCCUUAGACCUGCAUAAGUUUGCCAAGGCUGCUCUCCCCUACAAAGCCAUGGAGAUAGCGGAUCCAGCAAUUUUGCUGCACGAAAAAACACAGGGUAGAGAUGCUCCCAAUGCUACCCUGGUGAGAAGUAGAACUGAGGGGUGUCUGGCUUCUGCGAUUGGGCUUGGUGUGUCCUGCUCAAAGAAGUGGCCAAGAGAGCGAAUGCUUGUGCAAGAUGCAGCCGUGCAGAUGCGUGCAAUCAGAGAUGCAUAUCUCAAUGUUGUCACUGCCAUGGCAACUUGCUAGAUGGGAAUUUGGAAGAAACAACGAAGCCACCAUUCAAUGAGUUGUGAA